AUGGUUGUAAAUGCUGAAGUCAAAUCUUCUUUGUCAAGUUACCGGAGGUUUCAAAUGAUGAGGUUCUCGGUGGAGCAAAUCAAUAAUUCCACCAACCUGCUUCCAAAUGUCUCUCUUGGCUAUGACGCAUUUGACCAAUGCUCAGACACAAAGAAUUUCCCAGGAAUUUUCAAUCUCAUAUCAGAAAAUGGCACGGUCCAGCCGUGGAGAAAUUCACCUGAGAAUCCCAAUGUGAUUGCUCUGAUCGGCGCGUUCACCAGCACCAAGACCUUGGCUGUAGCCCCACUUUUUAUGUUGUACCUAAUCCUGAUGGUUAGCUUCGGCGCUGCCAGCUCUGCCUUCUCUCACAAAAACAGAUUUCCAUCUUUUCUCCGAACAGUGCCUUCUAACAAAGACAUCAUAGAUGUCAUGGUUAACAUCUUAGCGCACUUCGACUGGCGCUGGGUUGCUUUCCUUUACAGCAACAACGACUUUGGCACUGAUGGACUGGAGCUUUUCAGAAAAGCGAUUAAGGAGACCAACACCUGCCAUAUUCAUCUAAAGCUGGAAAAUAAUGAAAACAAAUUUCAGACAUUUCACAGUGUUUCAAGGCUAAAUAAGGAUCCUGCCUGGAGCUCUGAUUGUAAAACAGAGGAUCCCUACAAGUGCAUCAACUGCCAGGAGACAGAGUGGUCCGAGGCGGGCAGCACAUCGUGUAGCCUGCGGCUGGUGGAGUACGUGCCGUUCACAGACAGCGGAGCUCUCCUCAUCAUAAGCGGGGCCUGCGUUCUGAUGGGCCUCACGUUGGCAGUCACUUUGCUCUUCUCUGUCAACUACAACACAGCUGUUGUGAGAUCUGCUGGAGGACCCAUGUGCUUCUUAAUUUCAGGCUGUCUGAUUCUUUGCAGCCUCAGUGUGUUCUUUUACUUUGGAAAGCCAACCGCUGCUUCCUGUGUCUUAAGAUACUUCCCCUUUCUCUUGUUCUACACAGUUUGUUUGGCUUGUUUUGUCGUGCGUUCGUUUCAGAUUGUCUGUAUUUUCAAAACUGCUGCAAAGAUCCCCAAACUUCAAAACUGGUGGAUGAAAUAUCAUGGACAAUGGGCGGUCAUUGUUGGGGCUUUUAUCAUGCAGGUUAUCCUUCUUAUUAGCAGUUACUGUUUUAGUGCUCCUCUUCCCAACCACAACACUUUCACCUACCAGGACCGGAUCAUUCUGGGCUGUGACAUUAAUAUUGCAGCCACCAUGCUCUCUGUUGUCGUACCUCUCUCUCUGUGCUCCCUUUGCUUUAUUUUCUCCUACAUGGGCAAAGAUCUCCCAAAAAAUUACAACGAGGCUAAAGCCAUAACUUUCUGUCUGCUGCUGCUGAUUCUCACCUGGGUCGUCUUUGCCACAGGUUACAUACUCUACCAAGGCAAGCACAUCCACACGUUUAAUGCUCUGGCAGUGCUGUCAAGUCUCUUCUCGUUUUUGUUGUGGUAUUUUCUCCCAAAAUGCUACAUCAUUGUUCUACAACCUCACAAAAACACACAGCAGUACUUCCAGAGUCUCAUUCAGAACUACACCAAGACAAUCAGCCACUAG